UUUUCGUAACGGUUGGAAGCGCCGAAAUCGCCGCCACUAUAAUUACUUCACGUUACAAUCACAUUUUCGUGAUGCUGCUUUUUUUUUUUGACAGCAGAUUUUUUUUCCACCCCAAGUCGGACAGUAAAUACAGCCGUGCUCGCGUGUGACGUCACUUCCGCAACAAACAAUACACUUUCUCAGAGGUCUACGAGUAAACGUAAUGUCCAGCCCGGUGUUGACGAUUAAUGUGGUGUGGGACGCGUUUAAUUGCACCAAGAGGAUAUAAAACACGUUAAAAGGGUUGUAGCAUUAUAAUGACGCACGCGUAAUCCGGUCAGCUGGAUAGAGAGCUGAAGCUGCCAGUGUGAACGCCUCGACUGAGCUCAUCUUGCUGCCAGGAUUACACUCAGAAGAAAGUGAAUCUGUGUAUCUCCUUCCAUCAUAAUGAGCCGGGACGUUCCCAUCCACAGCUGGCCGGGCUCCUAUUACAUCAAUAGUGAGAAACGGUGGGAAAACGGAACCCUGUCUCUCACUAGAACCACGGUACGGUUCGUCUCCAACCAGAGCAAGGAGAGUCUUGCCAGCUUCCGUCUCUCGAGGAUCGUGGAGAUCAAGAUGGAGUCAUCUAGUUUCAUCUUCAGCACUCUCACAGUGCUUGAAGAAGGCAACGUGAAACACUGGUUUGGUUCCCUUAAGCCCAACAGGGUGGUGGUUUAUAAUGUGUUAGAGCAUUUCUGGAGAGAACGACUUCUUUCACCCAGCUCAGAGGCCCAGCGGGCUGAGUCUCAGCCCUCUAAGGGAAGAGAGCUGAUCAGCCUGGUGGCAGGGGCCCAGAAAAGACUGGAGGACACUGGCAGAGUCCUCAGCCAUCAGGGAGAGCAGUUUGACAAUAUGAUGCAGGGUCUGGAGAAGAUUGACUCUGACUUGGGCGUGGCUGACAAACUUCUGUCAGAACUGGAGUCUCCUUCCUGGUGGCCUUUUGGUAAGCUCCCCUGGAAGACCCAGCAGGAGGCCAAGGCUGAGGAUGCUGCAAGAGCUGCAGCUGCUGCUGCUGCUGCUUCAGCAGCCAGGGGGUCCAGUAGAAAUAAGGUGAUUGCAAGCAUCCCAGCAGUGGUGUCCAAAGGUGGAGACUCGGACUUGAAGCCUGGAUGUUUGUUGGUGCUAGUGUCCUCACUGGAGGUGCGAAACACAAACUGCCAGCUUCUUCACAGAUUUGAGCGAAAUGAAAUUGACGAAAUCAGGGUGCACAGCCCCUAUGAGAUUACUGUCAGACAACGUUUCAUUGGGAAACCAGAUAUAUGUUACAGGCUCCUGUCUGCCAAGAUGCCAGAGGCUUUGUCUCUGUUAGAGAUGCAGUACAAAAAGAAGAUCGAGUUCACAAGCGAAUACACAGCUUUUAAGACAACUCCAGUUUCAUCUCCAUGUGACACAGAAGGGAAAAGCUGUACUGAAGGUUUGCUGCAGACGUGCCAAGAGACAGAGCUCCCACUGGAGGUCCCGGCAGGAGAGCUGUCCCAGUUGCAGGUGCAUGUCCUCCAGCCAUCUGUCAGUCAGGCUGAGGCCCAGGAACUCAAACAGAUGCUCAUGCAGCUAAAGAACCUUGCCCUGGAGGCAGAGACAGAGCUGGAACGCCAGGAUGAAGCUCUGGAUGUCCUGACGAGCUCCACGGACCGGGCCACCAUGCACAUAGAGAAGCACACCUGUCGCAUGAAAAGACUGCUUUAGUGCUGAUGGUUAAAGAGACGCACGCGGCCUCAGUGUCCUGAGAAAUAUACUGUACACCUCCUCACUGUCCACACGCAGUUUGAGAAUCCUGAAAAACGCACAUCAGCAAGGACUUGUGUGAAGCCUCAAAAGUAAUUUUACUUGCAUUUGUUGGCCACUAAUUCAUGGGAAGUACAGCAAUGGCCACUUCAAACAAUAAAUCCCUGAAAUUUGCACUUUAGUAAUUAUAGCAUUAAAUAAGAGCACUUCUUUCUUUUAGUGAAAUUAAAUGACAUGCAGGCGCACACAUUUCUGUCACAUUUCCACAUGAGAAAACGUAAACUUUUUUUUCUAAAUUUUGUUGCAUCAAAUCUAAAUUGUCCCUCUUUUAUUUUUCUAUUGGAAACAAUCAAAACAUUUAAUGGGCCAGCUUUGUGGGGCAAGAUAAAUGCUCUUCCCCUGAAUGCACGUCUACCUGCUGUGGCUUCUAUUCUGACCUUUGCGUUUGGCUUUAAUAUUGUCAGCUACACAACAUUUUGAAAGGAGGUACUUUGAGAAAUAGGUGUUAGUAUAUAAUUCUAAUGGGCAGAAAAAAUAAUGUAGCCCUCACUAGGUUCAGCACCUGGCUGUGGGCCGGAUGGCUUUGCUCAGCCAAUUGAACUCAUUUAAAAUUUGUGGUGGGAAGCCAAUGAUAGAACUCGCCCACGUUAGUGCCCCAGUGAUUCAUCCUGAUUGGUCACGUCACGUGAGCGGGAGCUGGCGGGAAUUCCGCAGUGCAUGUCGUGCGUUCCCAGUGAAGUUGGCAGGUGAAAAAUAAGCAGACAAUUUCAUGUUUGCAGGUGAGACAGGCAGCAGUUUACACCCUCCACAUCUGCAGUGCAGAACAAAAUGGACAUCCAGAAAUGAAGAGAGAAUAUCCUGUACAUUUAUUCUGCAGUAACCAAUUUAAAACAAGCUGCAUGUUGUUUCCUUCAGUGUAAUAUAAGAGCUAAACCAUAUUUCAUUCUGUUAAUAAAAGUUUUCUAUCGAAUGAAAACUGACAGAUCUGAUCAGUGUGAUCACAGUAAUAUUUGGGUCUCUGAUAAUCAACUGCCAUUAUUUCCUUCUGUAACCAUCUCUGUCUUUCUCAGGUCCUGUGUAUCACUUAUCCCUUUUAGACACAGUUUCCCUGUGGCUUAGUGUUGCAUGCCCAAUAAUACUGCUUUGUAUCACAUUGACUGAAAAUGUUCCAUUAUUAUCAAUAUAUGACUGAAAACGGUAAAUGUGCAACAAGUUCUGUGAGCUUAAAACAGAAAACACUCCCACUCUCGGUUUUUAAACAGAAUGGACUUCAGAUCCACAUAUACUGUAUAUGCCUCAAUACUGUUCUAAACCUGUAUUAUCUGUAAAUGAUACAUGCAAUGUAAUUCUGUAAUGUUAUAGCAGUCUGUUAUCGCUGUGAAUGUGUAAUUAGACACUAGGUCAAUUUAAAUAUAUGUGCCUAGUUUAAAAAUAUUCUCAGUGUAUACUUUUCCUAUGAUAAUUAUCUUGACAUUGAUAAAACUAAACUGCUAGCUCUAAAUAUAAGGGAAAACCAUCUGCACUAUUCUACCAUUGCAAGCAUUGAAUGAAUUCCUUUCAUUACCUAGAAAGUCAUCACCAUUCUAGGUCUGGAAAGCAUAUAAUGUAAAUAAAACUGAAAUAAGUUAAA